AUGAUUUUCAAUGUAUAUUCCACAUCAUGUUUGGCAUUCUGUCCUCCUCAGUGUGUUUGUGAGACAAGGCCUUGGUUCACACCUCAGUCAGUUUACCAUGAAGCCAAGACAGUGGACUGCAAUGACCUUCUGCUGACUCAUAUCCCAGAGAACCUCUCCAUGGACACCCAGGUUUUGCUACUUCAAAGCAAUAAGAUCUCACAUAUGGGUUGGGAACUUCAGGAUCUAGUCAAUCUUACAGAACUGGACUUAUCGCAAAACCACUUCCAAAGCAUUGGAGAUCUAAGCAUUUCAAACCUGUCUCAUCUGAUCACUCUUUAUCUGGAAGAGAACCAGCUUACAGAACUUCCAGACUAUUGCCUAAAAGAUCUGGAAAGCCUAGAAGAGUUGUAUAUUAACCACAAUCAGAUCAACUUUAUUGGUCCCCGUGCCUUUGCUGGCUUAGGUAAGCUUCUGAGACUUCACCUAAAUGCCAAUCGACUACGUGUUAUAGAUUCAAGGUGGUUUGAAGAUCUCCCGAAUCUAGAGAUACUUAUGAUUGGAGAAAAUCCUGUGAGCACUCUUCAGAACUUUAAUUUUCAGCCUCUCGGGAAAUUGCAUAGUCUCGUGUUAGCAGGGAUGGAACUUGACCAUGUUCCAGCAAAUGCAUUUUAUGGACUGGACUAUCUAGAAAGUCUCUCUUUUUUUGACAACCGGCUAGCUUCUGUUCCCAAGGCAGCACUAAAACCUCUCAAAUUGCUAAAAUUUCUGGACCUCAACAAAAAUCCUAUAAGCAGAGUUCAAGCAGGAGAUUUCAGAGACAUGCAAAAUCUUGAAGAACUAAGCCUUAAUUCAAUGGAGGAGCUUGAACGUAUUGAGAGUGAGGCCUUUCAGGAUCUGCCUGGGCUAAUUAAACUAGAAAUCUGCAACAACCCCAGAUUGACCUAUCUAGAUCCUAGUGCGUUUUUCUCUAACGUUGGCGCCUUGAAAACACUACUUCUCAGCAAUAAUCGACUAGCAUUAAUACCACUUAAAGUAUUUCAAAUGCUACCAGGAUUAACUGAAAUCAGUUUGUACAGUAAUCCUCUCCGCUGUGACUGUCAAAACAAUUGGAAAGGACUUUCCUCGUUGAGGCUGAUUGAAGCCCAAGCAACACUUUGUACAAGCCCUCCCUUGGUGAGUGGACACCUUUUUCAGGAAAUACAAGGCCAAGCAUGGCUGAAUAGAUGUCCACCGUUAAUAGAUACACACUCUUUUCCUUCUCGGCUCCAUCUUUCCAAGCACCAGCUAGUAACUCUAACUUGCCAGGCAAGUGGUCAUCCAAAACCUGAAAUCUACUGGAUAACUCCACAUGGAGAAAGAAUAUCAGGAGGAAAUGGCAGAGUACGUAUUCAGGGAGAAGGUUCUUUGGAAAUACUGGAUGCCACAGAGGAGGACUCUGGGUCAUAUAUGUGCCAAAUGUGGAACUCAGAUGGAACAGACAGCAAAAGUGUGAUUCUCUUCAUCAAUGGAACUCAGGAACAAGAAGUCACUUCCCUCUCCAUCAUUACCAAGAAAGUUCAUUCAAGUUUUUGUUGUAGUGGAAUGGAAAAUGUUGGGUGGCCCUGUGAAUGCUCCAAGUGUUCUAGUGCCUGUCCAGUGGACCUCAGCAACAAUGAGGAUACACAACCCACACAUCAGUUACACAGCCAAGGUUCCUCUUGA